AUGGCUGCCCGAUCUGUCGCUCUCCGAUCCAUUGGGGCAUCCACCCGGGUCGCCCCUCCGCGUCUCGCCAUCGCCUUCGCCUCCGCCAUCCCCACCGCUACUCGAGCCUUUGCUUCUUCCGCCUUCAUCAUGUCCCAGCAAGCCAAGUUCCGUUCCGAGAAGGACACUUUCGGUCCCCUCCAAGUCCCCGCCGACCGCUACUGGGGCGCUCAAACUCAACGAUCCCUUCAAAACUUCGACAUCGGUGGACCUCAAGAACGCAUGCCCGAACCUCUCAUUGAAGCUUUCGGUGUUCUCAAAAAAGCCGCUGCUACCGUCAACAAGUCGUACGGCCUCGACCCCAAAGUCGCCGAUGCCAUCUGCCAAGCCGCCGAUGAAGUCAUCGCCGGCAAACUCCACGCCCACUUCCCCCUCGUCGUCUUCCAAACCGGUUCGGGUACCCAGACCAACAUGAACGUCAACGAGGUCAUUUCUAACCGUGCCAUCGAGAUCCUCGGAGGUCAACUGGGUAGCAAGGAACCUGUUCACCCAAACGAUCACGUCAACAUGAGUCAGUCGUCCAACGAUACUUUCCCUACCGCUAUGCACGUUGCGUCGGUUACGCAGAUUACCAAGUCGCUCCUCCCUGCGUUAGAGCAACUUUGUGCUGCUCUUGAUGCCAAGAGAGCUGAGUUCGACGAUAUCAUCAAGAUCGGCCGCACUCACUUGCAGGACGCUACCCCUCUCACUCUUGGUCAGGAGUUCAGCGGGUAUGUUAAGCAGGUUUCGAACGGUAUUCAGCGCGUGAAAGCCGUCAUCCCCCGCUUAUCCCAGCUGGCCCAAGGAGGUACCGCUGUCGGAACUGGCCUGAACACCUACAUUGGCUUUGACAAGAAAGUUGCAGCCGAAAUCUCCAACAUCACAGGUCUCAAGUUCGAAACAGCCGAAAAUAAAUUCGAAGCCCUCGCAGCCCACGAUGCAAUCGUUGAAGCUUCCGGCGCACUCAACACUGUCGCUGUUUCGCUUAUGAAGAUCGCCAACGACAUUCGUUACCUCGGUUCUGGUCCUCGUUGCGGUCUUGGUGAACUCAGCCUUCCUGAGAACGAACCUGGAUCUUCGAUCAUGCCGGGUAAAGUCAACCCAACCCAGUGCGAGGCGCUGACGAUGGUCGCAGCUCAGGUUAUGGGUAACAACACAACUAUCUCUGUCGCUGGCUCUUACGGUCAGUUCGAACUCAACGUUUUCAAGCCCGUGUUGAUUAAGAACUUGCUCCAGUCUAUUCGACUUCUUGCGGAUGGUGCAAGGAGCUUCACCAAGAAUUGCGUCGUCGGUAUCCAGGCAAACAGGGAUACCAUCAACAACAUUCUCAAUGAGAGUUUGAUGUUGGCCACCAUCUUGAACUCGCACUUGGGUUACGAUAAUGUCGCCGCUGCCGCCAAGAAGGCUCAUAAGGAGGGUACCAAGUUGGUCGAUGCCACUGUCGCUUUGGGCUUUAUGACCGAGGAGCAGUUUAACAAGAUCGUACGACCUGAGUUUAUGUUGGGUCCUACUGAAUAUAAGCCCAAGAACUAA